UUUCUAAAAUCGAGUGAAACUAAAUUAAAAGGAAGAAAAAAUAAAUUAGAAAAGAAACAGCCAAACAGGGGAUAGUGUUUUUCAUUAUAACCUCAACUCAGGCGUUUCUUGAUUUUCUUCAGUGGCAGAAAUGGAUUCCAAGCCAAAAGACUCGCCUUCAGAAAACGAGGUCAAAUCUCCAAACAUUUUUGAGCGAGCUAAGGAGGAGAUUGAGGCAGUUUUUCAUCAUGACAAGUCGCCUCACCAUCAAAAAGAAACUCAUGGGAGAAGUGAUGACAUUGAUGAGGGAACUCCAGUUGGUGAAGUCAAAGCUCCCAGUGUGUUUGAACGGGUAAAGGAAGAAGUUGAAGCUGUGGUUGAGGCCAUUCACCCGAAGAAAGAAUCUGGCCCUCACGACUCACCAUCAAAGUGAUGAUAGCUAGUAUGUACCGUUAUUUUGUAAGAGUGUCUAGACUUAUCUCAAUGUUGUUAUUCAUCAAAAUUAGUGUUUACUUUGUCUAUGGAUUUUUAUGUUAUGGAUGUUCCCUUUAGUUAUCAGAAAUAUAUUAUUCAUCUUUUAUCA